GUAUGCGUCUUACUCCGGGAUAUUGUGCGGAUUGAUCUCACCCGCAUAUCGCUGCUCAGAAUAUCCUAGGUUUGACGCCGCUCAGUUGGGCGCGUAUGUUGCUUCUCUGUCACGCCUCGAGCUCCUUGCACGCACCACGGUGCCUCAGCACAGUCGCUGCUCUUAUCCUCGCCUCCAUCGCAUCGAUCCUCAGUCCGGCGUACGUGGACGUCCCAUCGCGCUGUAGCCUUAUCUAGAACUAGGUGCACGGUCGACCUGCAAUUAUGGACGCACAAGGGAACGUACAGAGCAACGACACGUCGACGAACGGCACGGCCAAUGAGUCCGAGCCCGCUACGCCCACCGACGCACCCUUCCCUUUCAACAGCCCGCACGCGGAUGUUAUCCUGCGAUCUUCUGAUGGCAUGAACUUCCGUGUCCGAAAGGCGAUCCUCGCUGAAGCGUCUCCCUUCUUCGAGACCAUGUUCAGCUUGCCCACUGGCACGGAGCAGUCCACGGAGAAGACCCAUGCUCCUGAUCUUCCAGUUGUCCCGAUGCCGGAGGACAGUACAGUGGUGGUCGGCCUGCUGCAGUUCUGUUAUCCAGCUGGUCGACAACUGCAGGAGAUGACACUCGAUGACAUCGUGGGUGUGCUACCAGCAGCGAGGAAGUACACGAUGGAUCGGAUGGUGGAGUACGUCACUCCGCUUUUACAAAGAUUCGUUGCAACUUCGUCGCUGCGUGUAUACUGCCUCGCCAUACGUUUCCAGCUGGGCGAAGACUUGACUCGCGCUGCCGCCAGAGGGUUCCUCGAUCAUCCUAUCCAAGUUGCAUAUUCGCACAUCACCGAGCUGGACUACAUAAGUGGUGCCGCUUAUGCCCGCCUACUAGACUAUCAUAAUCGGUGUUCCUUCCAUGUUCAACAACUCUUUGUUCGCUACUAUACAGGUAUCGACUCGGCCUGGGACGAACGUUGUUGGCAUCAGUGCAAUUUCGAGUCCAAGAAAAACUGCACUUAUCGCUCCUUCGAGAACUCUCAACGGGUCACCGUGUGGUUCUCUGGCCUUAUGGUGCGCUGCCGGAAUCUCGCGAAGGACAGGCCCUCUUCCAGAGAGUUUUCGUUACAGAGCACUAUCGCCAAAGCCCUGGUUGAGGCUGGGAAGUGCACUUUUUGCGGACCGCGUGCCUGGGGUGACUUGCAGGUUUUCCUGCCUUUGUUGACAACUAGAAUCGACGGUGCCAUAUCUCAGAUCUCGUUGGACGUCGUCGCAGAAGCGCUGAGCGCCUAGGCACGAACUACGUAGGACAGACGAAUCUACAGGUUGCGACAGUCUGUACGGCUAUGUUUCUGUAUGCUCCUCGUGCAGUGCCACUAAAGUGUCGCGCUC